CCACAACCUCUCCGGCUUCACAACAAAGAUGUCGAGACCAAUACCCCGAAUCUGGAGCUGCCUCCGCUCAACAGCAUCUACGAGAUCACAAUUCCACCCUCCUGCAGCCGCGAGAUGUCGGAAUCUAUCUACCAAUGGAACGGGCUCAAAUUCAAAGCUUAGGAGGAAAAUGGAAUUCCAAACGACACAAAAACGAACCUACAAAACCGUCCAAGAACAACGCUCCCGCUACCGCUCCGGCCCCUUCUCCCUCCUAGCAGGAACCCUCUUCCUCUCCUCGGGCCUGGGCCUCGUCCUCUAUUUCCGCCACGAAAAAUCGCGCAUGGAGCGCCGCCGCGUAGCCGAAGCCUCGAAAGGCGUCGGGCGUCCCAAGGUCGGCGGACCCUUCUCCCUGCUCACGCAGGAGGGGAAACCGUUCUCGGAGCAGGAGAUGCGGGGACGGUGGAGUCUGGUGUAUUUUGGGUUUAGUCACUGUCCGGAUAUUUGUCCCGAGGAGCUGGAUAAGAUGGCUGUUAUUAUUGAUAGGGUGAAUGAGGGGAUGAACGGGGAGGGGGAUGAGGGGAAGUUGUUGCCGAUUUUCGUUACCUGUGAUCCGGCGAGAGAUACGCCGGCGGUGCUGAAGGAGUAUUUGAAGGAGUUUCAUGAGGAGAUUGUGGGGUUGACGGGGAGCUGGGAGGAGGUUAAGGAUAUGUGUAAGAAGUAUCGGGUGUAUUUCUCCACGCCGGAGAAGACGGAGGGGAAGGAUUAUUUGGUGGAUCAUAGUAUUUAUUUUUAUUUGAUGGAUCCCGAUGGGGAUUUUGUGGAGGCGAUUGGGAGGCAGAUGGGGCCCGAGGAGGCGGCGAGGUGUGUGUUGGGGUGGGUUGGGGAUUGGGGGAAAUAAUGGAGGGGAUCGAGGGAUAGCGCGUGUUGUGGUGGAAGAAUGUGUGCAAGGGGAAGGUGUAUUAUAUGAUUGCUUGCAUGGCUGGGCUGCAGAGAAAAGGGUGUACAUUAUGGUGUGGCUUUGUACAUGUAGAGGCUUACUCCAUUCACUUGUAGGUCAAGUGAAUCGAGAGGAAGAGAAAAAUAAGAAAGAUUCGCACCUCAGGCCACCACCAAAUUCUCUCUGGGUCUAUUUGGACAGACCCCUCCUCUAUCCACCCUUCCUCUGCUCGGAGAACUACAUCUACAAAGACAAGAACCCUACAUGUGUCUCCUGGUGCGUUCCACUGAGCAUAUGUCCGGUGAGCUCAUAUAUCUUUUACCAUGUCUCCCCCCCUACAAAACCUCAGCGACGGACUCAGUACCACGCUCAGGCUAACUCGAUUCGAUUAGGUGGUGGCAGGGGACAAAAUGGCACACUUAAGCGAGGAAUAAU